UAAUUUUCUACUUUAUUUGUGACUUGUCCGUUGUACUGUGCGUUACUGAGUGUUUGCUACAAACUAGACAGAAAUUUGAAUUUAUUUUUUUUUUAUUAAAUUAUUAUUUUUUUUUAAUUUUAAUAGUGAUAAUCAACAAUCAUGGCAAAGAAAAAUAAAAAUACAAGGAAUAAAAAUAGACAAUAUCACUUCAAUUAUAAAGUAAUUCAACAAAAAAUAUUGCCUCGUCAAGAAUUAUUAAAAUUUGUGUUCAGAAGCAAACGAAAAUUAUUUCGGAAAAUAUCGAAACAAAAUUCACAAAUGAUAAUAUUAAAAAUAUUCAUGUCAUUGAUAAAAAUUUUCCAAUCAGUGAAAAAUAAUAUUAAAUAUAUCAUGUUCCAAGCAUAUUUUUUAUGUUUUUAUAUAUUUAAUACAAUUUUUUCGAAAUUUGUUAAUUCAAAAAAAUAUGUAGAGAAAACACAUAAGGAUUCAACUGAUAAAAAAUAUGAGCCAAACGAUGAAGAAAAGGAAAUAAAGACAGAACCAAAAACAGAAAAUUCAGAAAAUAAAGAUAAAAGUGUGUUGUCUCAUAAUAAGAAUCACAAAGGAAAGGAAAACAAUGAUGAUAGUGAUAAAAUAAUAACUAUCGAAGAAAAUUUUGACUCUUCUACUGAAUUAUGGAACAUCGCGAAUGAUAUAAUAAUAAUGAAUAUGAAAACAGAGAAUGAAGAUAUUAACAGAUCUAUAGAAUCAUGCAACGUAGACGAUCCUAUAGAGAUAUCAAUUAUUAAUAAUAUAAACUCUGAAAUAAUUACAUCUCAAGAAAAUGAAUUGUCAGAAAAUGAGUUGUCAAGUACAACAAAUGAUUUUCAAACACAAUUUUCAAAAUCGUUCAUUGAUGAACAAGAUAGCAUUUCUUCUGUAGAUGAAGAAGAAGAUGGACAAAUAUUUCAAAAACAAUAUAAUUCUUCGGAAGACGAAUUUAAAUCCUCUUUGUUCCAUACAUGUUGUGCUUCUUGUAAGUGCGAAAAAUCAAAACAAAAUAAUUUUUAUUGUCGUAAAGUAAUCAAUAAUUAUUCUCACAAUUCCCCAUUUAUACCUGAAUCAAAAAACAAGGAACGAAUGAAGAAAACGAAUGAGUAUGCCAAUGAUAAAAGAAAAAAAGUUAUAUCUCAUGAAAACGAAAAAUAUACAAAAUAUAAAAAUGACAAAAAUACAAAGAAAGAAAAGAAAGAAAAUUCUCGAAAAAAUGUUUCGCCUAAAGAUAAAUCAUGUUUUUCAAGAAUGCCAAUAAAAUUUAAUAAACGAAAAUAUAAAAAUAUUAAAUAUAAAGAAGUGGCUAUACAAACAGAUAACAGUCUUUUAGAGAUAGAUGACAAUGUUGAAAUAAUAUCAACUGAUGCGAAUCGAUUUUCUGAACAACAAUUUUACUGCAAAUCUCAAUUCAAUCAUUUUCAGGGUAGAGUGAUAGUACAAGAAUUAAAUACAUUUAAUUAUAUAGCGGACAAUGAAGAAUCAAGUAUUGGGUUUUUAAGAAUCGCACAUAAACAAAUUACGUCAUGCAGUACAUCAUCUUCAUCAACAGAUCUUGGCUUCGAUGAAGAUACAUCUAUAAUUCCUGAUAUGAAUGAUGUAAUAAGGCACUUAAACAUAUCUAAUGAUGCAAAUACUUCUCCAAGAUGUACUCGUCCACCUCCUGGUUUUCCUGAAAUACCACAAAAUAGACCGCUAAUGUCUCAGAUAUAUGAUCCUAUAAAUUUUAUAUUAGCAUCUUCGACGUAUGAAAAUUCCAUAAAUACCUAUAAUUCUCGUAUUAACACGAUAACAAUUGUACCACCUAUGCCACAUCUUUAUUACGAUUAUCCCGAAUUUAUGGAUUUUCCUACUUAUAACAAUUUUUCAGGAACUUUUUAAAUAAUAUUCUAGAAAAAAAUUAUGAAUAAUAUUUUUAUAAUAAUAAUAAUAAUUUUAUAUAAUUAUAUAAUAUUAUAAUAAUUUAAUAAUAAUUUAAUAUAAUAAUACAUAAUAAUUAUAUUAAAUAUUAAUUUA